CAUCUCAAGCCCAACCAGGUAAUCAUUAUAAAGCCAAAGCCCAUCACAUGGCCCAAAUUCAUACCCAAUAAACAAAGCGCAACUCCCAUAUGCUAUUCCGGACCUCCACGCCACCGCCAUCGCUCCGCAGCGCCGUCGUCAGUCGGCACCUUGCUUCAUAUCUGAAUAAGGAGGGACUCGGGAGCUGUCUGAGCAAGCCAAACGGACCAUUAUUUGAUUAUAUCUUUGGUAUUGAACUUCAAAACAACAUCAAGAUUGGAACUUUAUUGAUUUUCCCUUGAGAUCAUAGACAGUCAGUCAGAAAAAAAAAACACGUGGAUAGAGAAAGGUAUGGUGGCCCGAAGGUUAACAUCCUUGCUGAAGAACAGAGUAGGCCCUGUGUCAACACCAGCAGCAGGAGGAGAAAAGGAAGGGCAAUCAUGGGGCCGGAAAAUAGUAUCGGGGGCACUUAUUAGCCUGACGGGAGGUGUUGCUUUGAGUGCUCUUAAUGAUCUUCUCAUUUUCUAUGGCUGCAGCAGUAAGGCUAUGGAGAAAGCCAGUAAGAACCAAGCAAUAGUUGAAGCUAUAGGCGAGCCUAUCGUGAGGGGCCCUUGGUACAAUGCAUCACUUGGCGUAAAUCAUAAGCGCCAAUCAGUAUCGUGCUCUUUUCCAGCAUCUGGGCCGCAAGGCACUGUGAUGUUUCAGCUCAAGGCAGUACGCAAUGGAGGCGAAUCUUGGUUUUCAUAUUUAUGGCCACGCGACUGGGAGAUUCUCAUAAUGGAAGCCUUGCUUCAUGUCCCAGCAAACGAGAAGCACAACCAAACCUUUCGGAUUAGCGUCUCGGAUGACUCUCCCCCACCACCUUGCAAAGCAUGCACGGCGGCUUGUGGGCCCCAACAGCCAGUUGAAAGUGUUGAAAAGACUCGAUCUCAGCCUGUAGCUAGUGCCAGUUGAUCAUGAUUUUAUUAUAUUGUUCAAUCUUUGUGGUAAUAUUUUUUAGGAAAGUUAAAGACAUAUUGCAUUAAUAGUUGGUGAGGAAUAAUGAUACAUUACCAUUGGGGAGUUGUAUGUGAACACCCUUGGGAAGACUUUAGUAUUUUCCAAAUUUUUGUCAAAUUUAUUGGAUAUUUUACAUUCUUGCAUACAAAAAUAAUGGUUGUUGGUCUUGUGCUGUGAAAGGGGUGAGUUUAUUUGUUCUCAUAAAAUAUAUCUACAUUGGACAGAAGGUGAUCUCGUAUAAUAAUAUCACUAAAGUUCAAAUCUUCC